AGCAGAACUGUAGAGACCGUUCCACUGUCCACACGACGCGAAUCAUUACUUUCAUUGUAAUAUAGUUAGAGUAAUAAAGUCUUAUUCGAUUCCGAUUGUGAUUAUUAUAAAGACAGCAAUACAACAAUAAUAAAAUACAUAAUUUGGAAUAUUCUGAAUACAGGAGUCCGUGUAUCGUUCAAUAUAAUACAAUCGAAAAUUCAGACAAGCAGUGACAGUUUUGCGCCUACUACUUAGGUCUGUGAGUGGAUUGUAAUGCCUCAUUCGACAAAAUAGGGCCACGUAAAAAAUAUUUGCGUUAUCCUAGUGUCCCAAUUACCAGAUCAACAAUACAAUUUAGAUAAACGCAACAACAGAAACAAAAAAAAGUUGACAGUACAUAGAGGUGAAAAAAUUGUUGUUGGACGCAAAUAACGGCAAGAUAGACGGUGUAAGGGAAUUUAAUUUAAUUGAAGAAGUACCCUGGCAGAGUGAACUCCUGCAGAGUUGGUAGAAUAAUGUGCCCGCAUGUGACCCCAAAGAAAUGUCACUGCGAGCUCUGAACCCUCUUUCUGGAUGAUAGCGUUUCUUUGCAUGUGAUCGACAAGGACGAAGACACGACUUUGCAUUACACGGUAUAUGAAACCAGCUGGAGAUAAUGGAUCAACUUUCACCGCAAGGCGCGACCAUCAAUGACGACAACAGAUGUAGUGCUCUGCAUGAGGCCGUGCUAAAAAAUCAAAGCGAGCUCUGCACCCAUCUAUUGGACGCUGGUGCUUCUGUGCAUGUGAUUGACAAGAACGGAGACACACCCUUGCAUUACGCGGCGCUCGGCAAUCAGCCGGAGAUAAUCGAUCUACUGUUAUCGCGAGACGCAUCUAUCAAUGCCGCCAACAACGUCGGAUGUAGUGCUUUGCAUGUAGCCGUGCAAAAAGGUCAGCUUGAGGUCUGCACCAUCCUUUUGAACGCUGGUGCCUCUUUGCAUGUGAUUGACAAGAACGGAGACACACCCUUGCAUUUUGCGGCGCUCGGUAAUCAGCCAGAAAUAACGAAUCUACUGUUAUCGCGAGACAAGUCUAUCAAUGCCAUCAACAACGACGGAUGUAGUGCUCUGCAUAUGGCUGUGCAGAAAGGUCAUCAUGAGAUCUGCAUCCUCCUUUUGGACGCUGGUGCUUCUUUGAAUGUGGUUGACAAGAACGAAGACACACCCUUGCAUUACGCAGCGCUCGGCAAUCAGCCCAAAAUAGCGGAUCUACUGUUAUCGCGAGGCGCAGCUGUUGAUGCCGUUAACGACAUCAGACGUAGUGUUCUGCAUUUAGCCGCAAAGCACAGUCAGCGCGAGCUCUGCACCCUCCUUCUGAACAAUGGUGCUUCUUUGCAUGUGAUCGACAAGGGCGGAUACACACCCUUGCAUUGCGCGGCAAUCGGCAAUCAGUUGGAGAUAACGGAUCUGCUGUUAUCACAAGGCGCAGCCAUAGAUGCCGUUAGUAACGAUGGAUGUAGUGCUCUGCAUAUCGCCGCGCAGGACAGUCACCGCGAGCUCUGCACCCUCCUUUUGGACGCUGAUGCUUCUUUGCAUGAGGUAGACAAGGAUGGAAAAACGCCUUUGCAUUAUGCGGCGCUGGGCAAUCAGCCGGAGGUAACGGAUUUACUGUUAUCGAGAGGCGCGGACAUCAAUGCCGUCGACAACAACAGAUGUACUGCUCUGCAUCUGGCUGCGCAUAAUAGUCAACGCGAGCUUUGCACCCUUCUUUUAGACGCUGGUGCUUCUUUGCACGUGGUCAACGAAGACGGAGAUACGCCCUUGCAUUACGCGGCGCUGGGCAAUCAACCGGAAAUAGCGGAUUUACUGUUAUCGAGAGGCGCGGACAUCAAUGCCGUCGACAACAACAGAAGUACUGCUCUGCAUCUAGCUGCGCAUUAUAGUCAACGCGAGCUCUGCACUCUUCUUUUGGACGCUGGUGCUUCUUUGCAUGUGGUCGACGAAGACGGAGAUACGCCUUUGCAUUACGCGGCACUCGGCAAUCAGCCGGAGAUAACAGAUCUACUGUUAUCGCGAGGCGCAGCUAUCGAUGCCGUCAACAACAUCCGACGUAGUGUUCUGCAUUUAGCCGCAAAGCAUAGUCAGCGCGAGCUCUGCACCCUUCUUCUAGAUAAUGGUGCUUCUUUGCAUGUAGUCGACAAGUACGGAUACACACCCUUACAUUGCUCGGCACUUGGCAAUAAGCCGGAGAUAACGGAUCUACUGUUAUUACGAGGCGCAGCUAUAGAUGCCGUUAACGACAUCGGACGUAGUGUUCUACAUGUGGCCGCAAAGCACAGUCAGCGUGAGCUCUGCACCCUUCUUUUGGACGCUGGUGCUUCUUUGCAUGUGAUCGACGAGCACAAAAAUACUCCCUUGCAUUGCGCGGCACUUGGCAAUCAGUCGGAGAUAACGGAUUUACUGUUAUCGCGAGGCGCAGCUAUCGAUGCCGUCAACAACGUCAGAUAUAGUGUUUUGCAUAUGGCUGCGAAGCAUAGUCAGCGCGAGCUCUGCACCCUCCUUCUGGAUAAUGGUGCUUCUUUGCAUGUAGUCGACAAGUACGGGAACACACCCUUGCAUUGCGCAGCAUACGGCAAUAAACCGGAGAUAAUGGAUCUACUGUUAUCGCGCGGUGCGGCCGUCAAUGCCGUCAACAAGAUCAGACGUAGUGCUCUGCAUAUAGCCGCGCAGGACGGUCACCGCGAGCUUUGCACCCUCCUUUUGGACGCUGGUGCUUCUUUGCAUGUGAUCGACAAGGAUGGAAAUACGCCCUUGCAUUGCGCGGCACUCGGCACCGAGCCGGAGAUAUUGGAUCUACUGUUGUCGCGCGGUGCGGCCGUCAACGCCGUCAACAACGACAGACGUGGUGCUCUGCAUAUUUCAGUUUACGAGAAGAACGUGCAAUGCGUGAGUGUGCUGCUGCGUUAUCAUUGUGAUGUCAAUCUCCGGGACUUGUAUGGCAAUAUAGCAUUGCACGAAGCGAUUGGGAAGAACGCGCUGGACGUAAUCGACACGUUAUGUGCCUGCGAGAGGAUCGACUUUACGCUGAAAAACAAACAGGACUUCAACAUCCUGCAUCACGCCGCGUUCAAGGGCAAUGCUCAUGCAACGGAAAAAUUGGUUACACGCGCGCGUCAUUUGGUGGAUGUGAAAAUGGAGAACGGAAACGCUGCGUUGCAUCUAGCAGCUUUACGCGGCCACAGGCAAGUCGCGGCUAUUCUCCUCUCGCAGAAUGGUGGCCGCGCCAAGAUCGAUCUGCGAAACAAUCGAGGACAAACACCAUUGUGCUUAGCGAUUUUGCAAGAACAUUGGCCGCUCGUCGAGCUGUUGGUGCAUCAUAAUGCGGACGUCAGCAGCAUAGAUUUGGACGGUAACAACGUGCUGCAUAUCGCGUGCUACAUAGCUAAGAGCCCGAAUCAACAGACUGUCGUGCCUGUAUCCGAAAGUGAACGAGAUUCACCAUUUAUAUAUGCUGUACGUUAUCUGAGAGUAGUUUUUACUCGUGAAUACGUGAACGAAUCCUGUAUACAUACAAAGUUGCUGUUUUAUACUUAA